AUGGACUUCACGGAGAUCUACAAGCAGUCCAGCGGACUCGUCUCGUUCAGUCAAGGCGGUCACUUCAUCCUCACCGCUGCGCACGAUCGUCUCAUUGUCCGACGGGCCGACACAUUCCAGAUCUCGCGCUCCUGGCAGGUCGACGCCACCCCGUCCGGGACACAGACUGCGACCGCGUCAACUUCGACGCGUCGUGCCGCAACUACAAGCAGCAGCAGUGCUAUCAGUCAUAUUGGCUGGUCCAGUGACUCGGAAUAUGUUCUGGCUGCGUGUGCCAAAUCGGGAGUUACGCAUGUCUUCUGCAUGCGCGAUGAAGAGUGGCAUGCCCGGAUCGAGGCGGGUGCGGAAGGUCUGGUGAAGGCUGAAUGGGCUCCGGACGGCCGACAUGUUGUAUGUUUCUCGGAGUGGGCUUUGCGCGUAACGGUGUGGUCACUACUCACUGGUGCACCAAUAUACAUACAGUACCCAUUACACCCGGACCGGGGAUACACGUUCAGACGUGACGGACGCUAUUUCCUUCUUGCCGAGCGCCACAAGUCCAAGGAUACAUUGGGCGUUUAUGACACUGCUGAUUCGUACAAACUCGUCCGCCAUUACCCUCUACCAACGUCAUCCAUGUCGUCCAUGUCUAUCUCACCUACGGGCGCUCAUUUAGCUGUAUGGGAGAGCCCUCUUGAAUACAAGCUUCACAUCCUAUCACUCACAGGAGAACUCCUGGGGACUUUCAGUCCGAUCCCUGAUCCUGGUUUCGGUGUUCGCAGCGUAGCCUGGCAUCCUACUGGGAUGUUCUUGGCAGUGGCCGGAUGGGAUGACAAGAUCCAUAUUCUCGAGAACUUGACAUGGUCAAGAGUGAUGACCUUGGAUGUCAGUCCCCGAACACCAGCCACUGUCAACGUAUGGAGAGAACCUACGAAUUGGUUAGAGGCCACAGAAGGGCGGGGUUUCUUAUCAUACGAGAAGCUCCAUGGCGCACAAACUAUACCCUCGUCACGAGCAGACCCAUCUAAACCGAACCCAAAGACGGGGGUCGUACACUUGGAGUUCAAUAAGGUUGGGACAGCGCUAUUGGCUCGAUUCGAGCAUAUGCCGACGGCCAUUCAUAUAUUCUCUUUCCCGGCACCAGGAGACUUGGAGCCGUUCGCACCCGUAUUGCGAAGCGUUCUUCUACAUUCACAGCCUGUCUUGCAGGCAAGGUGGAACCCUCUUCGUGCGGGGAGUCUGGCUGCAACCUGUGGUGGAGGCGCCAUCUAUACCUGGAGUGACGAAUGGGUAGGCGAAGCGGGAGAAACGGAGGAAAUGGCAGAGUGUGUCGGUGUCCCUGCGAAGAAAUUCGAGGCACGAGACGUGAGAUGGGCACCGGACGGAAAGGGGCUUGUACUUGUAGACCGAGAUACUUUCUGUUGUGCAUUCGAGGUAGAGGAUGUAGAAGACGAGCAAUGA